UAAUAGUGAAAUAGUGUAAUAGUUAUGUAAACAAAUGUAAUACAAUUGAAUGCAUAGGAAAUKACUAUAAAUUGAUUUCAUUAAUACAUUAUAAUGUGAUUCAAGUGAUUGACUGACACAACCAUAAUGUCAUACAAUCCGUGCGAUAAUAUCAUACUUAUUACCGAUUCAUAUAAGAUCACUCAUUGGAAACAAUACCCACCGAAGACAACAAAACUUUAUUCAUAUUUUGAGAGCAGAGGCGGAAAAUUUGAUAACACGGUCUUCUUUGGUCUCCAAUACAUAUUAAAGAGAUAUCUGUGCGGCCAAGUGGUGACCGGCGAGAAAAUAACUGAAGCAAAGCACUUCUGUCGCAAACAUUUUCAGAAGGAAAGCCUUUUUAAUGAGAAGGGAUGGCAACAUAUUGUUGAUCGACACAAUGGUUAUCUACCUCUCAGGAUAAGAGCAGUACCGGAGGGAUCUGUUAUUCCCACACAUAAUGUGUUGUUUACUGUGGAAAACACUGAUCCAGAUGUGCCGUGGAUUACCAAUUGGUUUGAGACUUUAUUGCUCCAGUGUUGGUACCCAAUGACUGUGGCCACCCUUUCCCGCGAACAAAAAGUGAUUAUUUCGCAAUAUAUGUACGAAACGGCCGAUUCAUUAGACAAAGUGGUCUUUCAAUUACAUGAUUUUGGAUAUCGAGGUGUUUCAUCGGUUGAACAAGCAGCCAUUGGCGGUGCCGCCCAUUUGGUCAACUUUAAAGGAACCGAUACAUUAGCCGGCAUUCAAAUGAUUGACAAAUAUUAUAGUGAAGAAAUGGCAGGAUUUUCAGUACCGGCCACUGAACACUCAACAAUGACCACUUGGGCCGCGUUUGCAAAUCCCGAUGCGUUAUUAGAUGGAGAACUAAAAGCAUGUGAACAUAUGCUGAAGGAAUUUCCUGAUGGAAUCAUAUCAGUUGUUUCGGACAGUUAUGAUAUCUACGAGUGCUGUGAAAAGAUAUGGGGUGACAAACUUAAAGAUAUGGUCAUUGAAAGAGGAAAUACAAGUGGAAAUGUAUUGGUUAUACGUCCCGAUUCAGGAAAUCCUGUUGAAGUAUUGCCUAAAAUAUUGGAUAUUUUAUAUAAAGCAUUUAAAAAUGACUGCCAUAUAAAUAGUAAACAAUUCAAAGUUUUGCCAAAUUAUUUACGUAUAAUACAAGGGGAUGCAAUUAAUAUUGAUUCAUUGAAGACUAUACUCGAUAAGAUCAAAGARUGCCGAUUCAGUAUUGAAAACUUAGUUUUCGGAAGCGGCGGUUCACUCCUUAUGCGUGUCCACAGAGACACCAAUAGAUGUGCCUUCAAGUGUUCGUAUGCAGAGAUUGAUGGCCGACCAAUCAAUGUAUAUAAAGAUCCUAAAACAGAUCCAAACAAAACAUCCAAAAAGGGUAUAUUGAGUUUGGAAUUUAAUGAGAAGAAUCAGAAAUUUAUCACUCAUGAGGAACAACAAGACCCAAACAAGAAAAUUGCAAUCAAUGAUCUAUUAGAAACAGUUUUUCAAAAUGGAAAACUUAUCAAAGAAUAUACAUUUCAAGAGAUCAGAGAGAGAGCUAAAGUCGAAAUCAAUGGACACAGGAUUUGAUGAUUCAUUUUUGUUUAAAAUUAUAAUUAUUGUUUUG